GUCGAUACUGAAAGAAAAACAGAGGAAAAAAUGAAACAGUUAUGAAUGAUAACAGAUUGUUAAACAUGUUAACAAUCCGUAUAUAUAUCAGCCUCAUGAUAACCAUAUUUACAUCAAUUUAUGACAAAGUAAUUACAAGCAGCCCAGUUAGGGGUAGUGAGAAUCCUUGGUUCAUGCAAAAAGAUCACCUCAUUCAUCGGUUCUCGGGUAAAAACAGAAUUCCCAACAAUACAAAGAUCAAUUCAAUAACAGUACAUGGUGAAACGAUUCCUGUAGUACCAAUGUCUAUUGCUUUUCUUAUUGAUCCAGAGUUAUCUUCUGAAUAUGCGGAUGAAAAGCAGUUUCAAGAAAUGUUGAUGCAAUAAGGCUUUAGAAAAACUGAUGUUCUCAUCGAUUCUAUGAUAUAUUGCUGAAUAAAUAUAUGUUACUUGUUAUCGUUAACGAUGAAGAUCAACUGGUUAAAUUAAACUAAGAUUUUAAAGUACUUGAGUUCACUGUAUUUCGUAGGAAUGGGUAAGAUAAUUAAGAUAAUUUAAUGCACCAAUCGUUAUGAAGAAUUAACUAUUAUAACCGAUGUUGGAUUUUGAUAAAAUACUGGGCAGAAAGCUUUGGAUCCAUAUUUUGAAUUCAAAGUUUAUCUAACACCUCAAAAAGUCUCAUGUUGCUUCGACUUCUUAAUUUCGUGCAAGUCGAGUAUUAUGUGUUCAUUGAUAGCUUGUUUCAUACGUUAUCAAGAACAACAAGACAGUGUUGAUUUAUAAUGAAUGAUGAAACAUUUGUGGAAAUUAAUGAGCUCAUUUUCUCUGUCGAAAUCUUUCCCUUCCCUUAUUCAUAAACAAAUACUGUAUACUUGUAAACUGAACUACAAGUUUUAUUUUCAAAAUUUUUAGAAUGUAAUUUACUGUUCAUAGGAUAUCAAACAAUGAACAGUAAUUUUUGUGAAUACAGCUUAUUAAAAACAAUGUUACAGUGUACAGAAAAAUUUACGAAAUCUUCAUCAGAAGCCGCAUAUGCCUAAAAACUUUUUUCAACCAAUAGCUUUGCUUCUAAGUUUCAGGAAAGCACAUGUGAAUCAACGUGUAAGUAUCAAGUCGGUUGAAUAGACAAAAAAGUCAAUAAGAUUUAAAUCUAGAAAGGCCUGGAAACAGC